CCGCCUGAGUAGAGCUUGUCGCCAGUCAUCGCAAGUCACCCUGUCAAUAGAAGUGCUGUCCGAUUGCAUACCACAGCUCCGCCACAGGUCUUCUGACCGGCACUGGACUCACUUGCGACGACAUCAGACCAUCAAGUGCAUAGCGUCCCAACACUACGAUGCGGCUCUUUCUCCUCCCCGUAUCGACGCGCCGUACGCUACUCUACUGCCAACGAGCACCAGCCAUACCCAAGAAACAGACCAUAUCGGAACGGAUACAAUCAAAAGCGGCGCGGACAUGGGCCGACUGGGAGAAGAAGCCGGGCGGGUGGCAGAAGCUGGUGGUCGGGUACGGCAAUCAGGCCCUCAGGAGGAUACCAUAUGAGGAGUGGGGACUAAAGUCUGUCCCGCCGCUUUCAACUGCCCGUAAGGAGGACGAGCAGGCGGGAAAGAUCAAGGUCGAGGUUGUCUAUCCCAAGAGCCUGAUUAAGGCCGAGACGAUCACGAGUAUCCUGCACACAUUGAGCACAGAGCGCGAGUCUCUACACAAGAAGCGCCUUUUGCUCUGCUUUUUGGGUAUGCCUUUGACCAUACCAGUGGGUAUUAUACCAAUCGUGCCCAACAUCCCUUUCUUUUAUUUGGUCUAUAGAGCCUGGUCCCACUGGAGAGCGCUCGCAGGCGGGCGGCACAUACAGUUCCUGCUCCAAAACAAACUUAUAACGCCAGUUUCGUCACCCGUCCUGGACCAGGUGUAUGCCGACCAGGAUCACCCACUGCCAUCUGCCGCAGAACCAACAACAACGACCGGGACAUCGGCAAACCUGCCAGAGUCUCCCAUCAUAACCGAGCACCCGAGCCCAGAAAAGGCACCAAACCAUCCAGAAGGAGAAACUUUGCUCCUUUCUCAGGAGAAUGCCCAACGCAUUACCCGGCUGCUGGAUCUCCCCCAGCUGGAAGUCGAGAUUGAGAGGGCCAUAUGGCAGGUCGAGACCGCCAUAGCGGCGCAGAACAGCGAAAAGAGUGGCAAGGCUUCAGAAAAACAGCCUGAAGGUGGCGCUACUUCGCCACCGCCAGCCAGUAUCACCGAACAUGACAAGAAGAAGCAAUGAGAGGAGGUGUCAGGCGUUUUGAGAACUCUGUCGCCUCCCACUUCUAUCUUGUCGCUUGUUUGUGAUUGGAUUCCCUUUGUGUGUACAAUAUUAACUUUUUUUCACGAUACUAGAUGACGAUGUACUGUAAAUUAUUCUUGCUUCCCAUUGACAGGCGUACAAGAAAGGGGUUAGAUCAGGGGAUCUAUAGCCGGUUUCUGGAGAAUAUGAGGGAAAAGAAGCAAUAGACACCACUCGGGAGCUUUCUCGGUCCAAUAGACACCGCAAACGCCUAAUUCUCAAAACAAACGCCCAGCGCCAGGUUUCGUUCCCGGUUCUUUCAACAUGUUCCAAGCUCUCUCGUUGGCCCAGUGAUUCCCUCGGGUAUUAAAAGACGAACAUAUGAGACAGACAAAGGAGAGCAUGGGCAGCAGCUAUCAAUGCAUGCCUCACCGCAUAAACCAGUUGCUAAACAGCG